AUGUAUCAUGGACGUCUCCUUGCUUCAAAUCGAGGUCAACAGGGUUGUCCAUUGAUGGGACCCUUGUUCUGUCUUACUCGCCGUAGGAUGUGGGAGGAGGCUCGCGCGAACUUACAAGGACCCCCCCCCGAGUUUGAGCCAGAGUUCGCCGACGAUGGUUUUAGUGGGGGAACUCUUCUUUCAGUUUGGGCCUCAUUCGAGCAGGAGCGGGCGCUUGCCGCCAAAUAUGGAAUCCGCUUUGACUUCGCGAAAACCACGCUUUACCUUCUUGCGGGCGAGCACUUUGAGGGUGAUCUUCGUCCUUUCCGAGAGUUGGGGAUACGUAUCGUGACGGGGUGUGAUGUUAGGAUGUUGCAAGUUCCGGUUGCAGGAAAGCCCGAACAUUUUGCGACUUGGCAGCGGGAUGCGCAACAGGAGCUUUCCAAGGCCUUCGAAGCAGUGGAACAACUUCCUCAUCGACAUGUCGCUUUCCACCUUUUGCAGCAGUGCUUCGGCUUCAACAAAAUUUCGUAUUAUUGUCGUAGUAUCCCUCGUUCUUGUAUUGAACCCUUCCUUGAUUGGUACGCCCUUCGUAUGCGGGAGUCAUUCUCACACAUUCUCGGGAGUGACGUCAGUGAUGCUCAAUGGCAACAGGCCGCUUUGCCGCCUAAAUUGGGAGGGAUGGGAUUGGCGGAUGGCCGCUUGAUAGUUGCAGGCACGGUGAUUUCCCAAGCUGAUAUUGCUUUUCUGAGUUCUUGGAAGCAAUGUAUGCCCAUCAUCGCUGGCAUUUUGCCGACGGGUAGAGCCGGUGACGGGGGAGCUCAUCUACGAAGUGCUAUGACGAUACUCUCCCAAUAUUUUCCCGAUCUCGAUCAACAAGAACAGCCGAAAUCAUCUCUUCUUGUUCAAAAGCUUCAGCAGGAGACUGCCGAUCAACUCAUAUCCGCCGCGACCCUCUCUGAACGUGUUAGAUUGCACGCUUGUCGUGCUCCGUGGGCAAAUGGAUGGAUCACCACUACCCCUUCAUUGACCGAGGAUACUUUCAUGCCGAACGUUGCAUUCCAAGAUUCUGUUUCUAUGCGACUUGGCAUGACGGUGUUUCAGGACGAUGAGGGUUGCCCGUUUUGUCAUCAAAUUAGUGAUAGACAUGGUCGUCACGCUAUCUCGUGUAUGAAAGUGGGGACCCACACCAAAGUUCAUCAUUCCUUACGUGAUUGUCUCUAUCGUCUUGCUCAAGAGGCCAACUUACGACCGCAACUCGAAGCUUCGGGGUUGUUGCCGGACGCGCCGCAACGACGCCCAGCGGACGUGUUACUGCCAACAACGAACUUGUUGAAACAGACCUCAUGGCGUAGGUAUUCAAGUUUGGCCCUCGAUUGUGCAGUCGUAUCUCCUUUUGCCAUUUCGGCUCCCGCUCGAGCGACUGAGGAGCCAGCUGCUACUGCAAAGGCUUACGCAGAGCACAAACGCCGGGCACAGGAAACUGCACGACAAUGCGCAACACAAAACAUUGGCUUCCAACCUAUCAUCUUUGAAAUGCUGGGAGGUUGUGAUCCUGAAACGGCAUCCUUCCUUAAUGGCUUGUGCCAGGAUCACGACGGCGUGCAGCACCGUCGACCGGGUAGUUGUCGACGUCUUUUGCAGACUCGAGUUGCUUUCUUGUUACAGCGACAUAUCGGGCAAACCCUCAUGAAGUAUCGUAGAGCACAGGCGAAAUCUGGCAAUGAGGAUGCGGGCCGAUAUCUGAAUUAUAUCAAUUCUUGA